AUGGCGGCAUCCAAGAGCUACUACGCGAGAUCAAACUUCCGCUACUUUUCCGGUGAAAGGGACGUUUCUAUCGGAACGGACUCCAUGUUUGAGCUCGACGAAUCAGAUAUCUGGAACGUUGCCGCAUCGCCUGAGUUACGGAAAACCGUGCCGAGUUCGCGGAUCUCGAAGAAGUCAUCGGCGGUGGUGAAGCGAGAGGAGAUCGGAGGAACAGCGUCGUCGUUGCCGGUCAAUGUUCCGGACUGGUCUAAGAUACUAAAAGAAGAUUACAGGGACAAUCGGAGGAGAAACGACGAUGAAGACGAUGAUUUCAACGAAAAUAACUACGGCGACGACGGCACCGGCAACCGGAUUCCGCCGCAUGAGUUUCUGGCGAGACAACUGGCGAGGACGAGAAUCGCCUCGUUUUCCGUUCACGAAGGAAUCGGGCGGACUUUGAAAGGACGAGAUCUGAGUAGGGUUAGAAACGCAAUUUGGGAGAAAACUGGUUUUCAGGAUUAA